AUGCUUCGCUUUCAGUUCUUUUUGUUUCUUCUGCCAUGGAUGGCUUCAGCUGGUCCGAUCUCUCGCUGGCUAUCUCCGUCAUUGGAGACACGCGGGCGGACUUCUUUCCCCUUAUUGCCGGAUAUUGAACGACGUGAAGCUGGCGGUAUCACCGAAAUCACGCCUAUUGCACCGCCUACCCAGACACCGUUUACGUACGAUGAGCCAAUACCAAGUACAUACCAUGUUCCGACCACCAGUCAAGAGCCGACUAUCAGUCUAGAGUCAAGUGCUAGUCCAGAGCCAAGUUCUAGUCCAGAGCCAAAGCCAACCGCUAGUCUGACAUCAACGACCACUCAGACGACAACCACCAGUCUGAAGCCGACUACCAGUCCACAGCCAAGUGCUAGUCCAGAGCCAAGUGCUAGUCCAGAGCCAAGUGCUAGUCCAGAGCCAAGUGCUAGUCCAGAGCCAAGUGCUAGUCCAGAGCCAAGUGCUAGUCCAGAGCCAAGUGCUAGUCCAGAGCCAACCACUAGUCUGAAGCCGGCUAUCAAGCUGACUGCCACUCAGAAUGGAACUACAUCUCAAAAGCCAACACCCACCUCUCAUGCACCCACUACGACUCGGCGAUUCAUAUCUUCAUCCACAAACCCGCCUCCACUGCCUUCACCAACUAGUAUAUUGCCUAUCUACCUAAACCCCAUCUAUACCGCAAGCUCAACACCUUCCCUUAAUUCCUUUGUGAUACCGAGUUCAGCCCAAUCUUCAUCGGCUGCGCUUCUAGGUGAAACAAGCAGCAUCAAUGCUGCCACAGCCACACCACCAAUCUCGACUUCCACGACCAUGCCGCUAGCGAUAGUACCGGUGCAUACAGUGUCUACAAUGCCCACAAGCAGCAACCUAGCUGUCGGAGCAAUUGCAUCUCCAGGAGGAGCAAGCAGUAAUACUUCUUUCACGUCCACCUUGGUGAUCUCGACUUCCAAUCCCAUCCAACUAGCGAAUUCUACGCUGGCACAACCUACAUCACUACAGCCUCCCACGUCAGGAUCCAAGCCAGUGGUGACUGUAACCGAGCCUGUGAUUGUAUAUGUGACCAAAGGAGCACCAACUGCCUUCUCGACAAGCGUCAUCCAUCACGCAUCCAGUGCCAACAACUCAGCGAUGUUGUCAGCGAAGCCAACGGUCAUACCGUCUGUCGAAUCAACGAGUACAUCUUUGAUUUUUGUAACUAUCCAUUCCACUGCAACUUCGGUUGUUCGUGUGACUGUUUACCCAACAUCAUUAUUACCUGCUUCUUCGUCUUUGGUCUUGCCGUCCUCGGCUGGGAGUGCUCUGAGUGUGAGUACAGCGCCUAUAGGGACCGAUCAUGCUAAUGAAACGUCGGCUGUUCCUAUGACCAUCAACUCGAAAACGCAAUUGCCUCCGUCAUCUUUGUUGCUGUCACCCUCAAGCGAGACUGCUCCUGUGGUGACAGCUCAUGUCACUUCCACAAGUGUUGUUCCUCUGGCCGUCUAUUCAACUACAUCGUUACCUUCUUCUGCGUCUUUAUUCCCACCCGCAAGUGAGAUUGGUUCUACCGUGACAGUUCAUGUCACUUCCACAAGUGUUGUUCCUUUGACCGUUUAUUCAACUUCAUCGUUACCUUCUUCUGCGUCUUUAUUCCCACCUGCAAGUGAGAUUGAUUCUACCGUGACAGUUCAUGUCACUUCCACGAGUGUUGUUCCUCUGACCGUCUAUUCAACAACAUCGUCAUCGCCUUUGUUGUUGCCGUCCUCAAGUGAGACUGUGGUGACAGCUCAGGUCACUUCCACAAGCGUUCUUCCAGUGAUCGUCUAUUCAACAACAUCGUCAUCGCCUUUGUUGUUGCCGUCCUCAAGUGAGUCUGCUCCUGUGGUGACAGCUCAGGUCACUUCCACAAGCGUUCUUCCAGUGACCAUCUACUCGACAGUAUCGCCGUCUGCUCCAUUGUUGCCGUCCUUAAGUGAGAGUGAGACUGCUCCACGUGAGACUAUUACUGAAAAGACUACCCACACUAUCACAACAACCCUUCGCCUAACAUAUUAUGGGCCGAGCGCUACACGAGCAGUGGAAACUACACAUGCGGCAGAUCCUGCAUCUACUACAGAUUUCAAUAUCGCUACUACAACCUCCAAACCAGGCAAAGGCAUACUUACUGUGCAUCCGAUUACACCGUCUGGGUUUAUCACGAUCACUGAAACUCAGACCGAGACAAAGAUCAAGACUGUGACAGAUCGCAUUACUGAGACUGUUACUGCCACCGUUACUCGCAAUUAA